AUUGUUGGGCGUGUUUUCAAUUGUUUUGUGAUUCUGGGUUCGCUUCAAAAUUUGAUUUUUUGUUUGUUUGCCAUCGAUUCAUGCCUAACAUAAAGAUAAUGGGUGGAAGUGAGAUUUGUGAGGAUUGGGAGUCGGCUUAUGGAAGAACUUUGGUUUUAGUUGGAAGGACUGGAAACGGGAAAAGUGCUACGGGUAACAGUAUUCUUGGAAGGAGAAAAUUCAACUCGAUGAUGAGCUCGGCUGGUGUCACGAGCACCUGUGAGUUCCAGAGAACUGUGUUGGACGAUGGGCAGAUUAUCAAUGUCAUUGACACUCCUGGGUUGUUUGGUUUUUCUGGUGAAUCUGAGUUUAUCGGGAAAGAAAUUGUUAAGUGCAUCAACAUGGCCAAGGAUGGAAUACAUGCUGUUCUUCUAGUUUUCUCAGUUAGAACUCGGUUUUCAAGUGUGGAGACUAAGCUGAAGGAGACGACUCAUAGGCUCGAGGAGCAAUUGGCAAAAGAGCACAGUGCCCGUAUUCAGGCUGAGGCAAGUGCGAGAGAAGCCCAGGAAAGAUCCAACGAUGAGAUUCGUAAGCUGAGGGAGAAUCUCGACAAAGCGCAAAGGGAGACUAAGGAGCUCCACAGGCAAGCUGCAAAUAACGGGUGCCAUAUUCUUUGA